CAAUAAUUUAAUACCAUGUCCAUAACUUGAAAAAGCUUUUGAUAUUUCUACAAGCACAAAUCGUCAGGCAAUGUCAUGACAUUUUUAAGUUAUGUGGGUGGAGUUGGAACGUAUGAGAAGAAGAAUACCAAAUUUAUUAACAGAGGUGGCAAUCCGUGUGUUUCUUAUUUUAAUCGUCUGCUUGAUGCAAGUGAAUGUAAAACCUCACCUUCACCACAUUACGGAAUCGGAAUUCCAAAAUUACAUGAAGCCUCGGAAGGAUUCCUUUGUGCCACCGUGGAUGAUGGUGGUCAUAAUCGUAUUUGUGCCUCUAAUCCUUCUCUCCCUUCCUUAUUUACUGACCAGAAACUACGAAGACACCGCACAAGCGUUACUGGCUUGGACUCUAGCACUGACUAUAAACGCUAUAGUUACCGAAAGCACUAAGCUGCUGGUAGGACGACCGCGGCCAGAUUUCUAUUUUAGAUGCUUUCCUACUGGCACAGUAACAGUGGGCUUCCACUGUACAGGUAAUGUCAGAGACGUUAUGGAAGGGAGAAAAUCAUUUCCCAGUGGGCAUAGUAGCUUCGCCUUUUGCUCGAUGGGAUUUUUAAGCAUAUGGCUCUGUGGAAGACUACGUGUACUGUCGUGGUGUCGCGGCGAAAGCCUACGCGUGGUGGUCUGUUUACUACCAUUAGUGUUGGCUUCUGCAGUCGCUGUGAGUCGGUGCUGUGACAAUCACCAUCAUUGGGAAGAUGUCCUUGUUGGAUCAGCUCUAGGCUUCUUCUCAUCCUACGUGUGCUACAGACAGUACUACAACCCUUUGGAUUCUGAGCUCUCUGGUUACCCAUAUCUCGUCACUGAAGAUGUUUCAUUUGAUUCUUCAGAAAUCGGAUGUAGUACCGAUGAAUUAAAUGUAUUUUUAACAGGUGAUAAUCAAAGUAGAGAUAACAUUAAAAGCGACAAAAAGUACAGCUGA